AUGGGAGAACACGACCCCAUCGUAUCACAUGGCCGAGGAGGCCAGGGAAACAUCAGUGCCGACCCAACUCCGAACAACGAUAGCUACGUCGACGCAGGUAUCAUCCGUGAAGGCGUCUACGGCGACCAAGGCGAUGGAGCCUAUUCAGCUGGUCGAGGCGGCGCAGGAAACAUCGGCUCCCCACACGUCCGAGUAACUAGUAAAGUCCCCCACGAUGCGCAAGUCAUUCCGGAACUGGCGAUUCGCAGUUCCACAGAUGGGGAUUACCAUGUUGGUCGCGGCGGUCAGGGCAACGUCCAUCUCGACGAAGAACACAGGAAACAGAAAGAGGAGAAGAAGCAUCAGAAGUCGGUGACUCACAAUGGACUGGCAGAUAAGUUGAAAUAUAUACUUUUUGGGAAGAACUAG